UUUUUUUGGUUCUUAUUUAUUUUCUUCUCAUAUUAGGCUCUUCUUCUUCCAUCUCGGAUUUCAUUUUCUCCCCUCCUAUUUGAAUCGAAAGCAUCUUUUGAGGUUUCGCGAUGGCAUCGAAGCGGAUCUUGAAGGAAUUGAAGGAUUUGCAGAAGGAUCCUCCUACAUCUUGCAGCGCUGGCCCUGUUGCUGAAGACAUGUUUCAUUGGCAGGCCACAAUCAUGGGUCCACCGGAUAGUCCUUAUGCGGGUGGUGUUUUCCUUGUGACCAUUCAUUUUCCUCCUGAUUAUCCCUUUAAGCCUCCCAAGGUGGCAUUUAGAACAAAGGUAUUCCACCCCAAUAUCAAUAGCAACGGAAGCAUUUGCCUAGACAUCUUGAAGGAGCAGUGGAGUCCUGCACUAACGAUUUCCAAGGUCAUUAUUUCUAACCAUCUCAUAUUCCUGUUCAGGUUAUCAACAGUUGAUAAAAACUUGUUUACCACUUUCCUUUAUGAUUUUGUUCUCUCAGGUAUUGCUGUCAAUCUGUUCUUUGCUUACGGACCCGAAUCCCGACGAUCCAUUGGUGCCGGAGAUUGCUCACAUGUACAAGACGGACAAAGCCAAGUAUGAGACAACUGCAAGGAGUUGGACCCAGAAGUAUGCUAUGGGCUAAAGUGAGCUUCGGCGGUGCGAGGGGGUAGGCCUAUCUUUUUCUUAUAUAGUAUAUUACAUUUAUUUUUGUUUUUCAGUUCUAUCUAGCACUUCAAUACCUAAGGCUAAAAUCGGACCGAGGAUGUCCAAAACAGGCCUUGGUUAAAGAAGAAAUGCAAAAGCUGCUUUUGUUUUGUCGUCUGGAUAAUGCAACUUUGAAACAGAGAAGCUUAUGCUCCUGAAUCUGAAAUUGUUCAUUGUUCUCCCUAAAAUCGACAUUCAAACACUAAUAUUGGCAAUUAUAUUACAAUUUAAAUAAUGUUAUACCAAA